AACCACUGGCUGGUUAGUUCGUUGCUGAAAGAGAAGAGGAACCCAUUUAUAAAAUGUUUAAAAAAACAGAGGAUCAAACAGACAACACCUAAUCCUCAACACCACCAACCCAAGUUUCUUCACCAAUAUUCCUCAAAAAUAUAAAGAGUCUUACAUUCUUAUACAAGCCAGACAAAUCAACACAACACAAAGUCACAAACUACAUUCCCUCUCUCUAGCUUGGCAGUUCUCUCAGGAGGCAGAGUCCUUCAGUAAAGAGGAGAACUUUUUCCUUUUUGGCAAUCAUUUUUUCCAUUUUUACCAGGGGAAGCUUGAAACGGGACAAGAAGGGUAAGGAAGAGAAAAGCAGAAGGAUGGGAGAAAUGGCAGGGAUCCAGUUGGGAGUUAUUGGGGCUCUGUUCCUCUCGGUUGCCUCUUCAGUCUCCAUUGUCAUCUGCAACAAAGCUUUGAUGAGCAAUCUAGGCUUCCCUUUUGCUACGACACUCACGAGUUGGCACCUGGUGGUGACAUUUUGCACACUCCAUGUGGCUCACCGGUUCAACCUGUUCGAGUCGAAGUCGGUUGACAUGAAAACCGUGAUUCUUUUCGGGCUGCUCAAUGGUAUCUCAAUUGGGUUCCUUAACCUCAGCUUGGGUUUCAACUCCAUUGGCUUUUACCAGAUGACAAAACUUGCGAUCAUCCCCUUCACUGUCUUAUUGGAAACACUCUUCCUGAACAAAAACUUCAGCCAAAAGAUAAAGUUUGCUCUCUUCCUGUUGCUUGUUGGAGUUGGGAUUGCCUCUGUGACAGAUAUGCAGCUCAAUGGCCUUGGCACCAUUCUGUCCCUUCUUGCCAUCCUAACAACCUGUGUUGGCCAAAUUCUGACAAACACAAUCCAAAAGAGGCUGAAUGUGUCAUCAACCCAGCUGCUCUACCAAUCAGCUCCAUUCCAGGCUGCAGUUCUCUUCAUCUCAGGCCCUCUGGUUGACCAGUUCCUCACCAAGAAGAAUGUGUUUGCAUACAAAUACAACCCUUUAGUAGUGACAUUCAUAUUGCUGUCAUGUGUGAUAGCAGUGGCAGUGAACUUCAGCACAUUCAUGGUGAUAGGAAAGACAUCUCCUGUGACAUAUCAAGUUCUAGGGCACCUAAAGACAUGCCUUGUCCUACUGCUGGGUUAUACUUUGCUGCAUGACCCUUUCUCCAUGAGGAACAUUGUAGGGAUCCUUGUGGCCAUGGGUGGGAUGGUCUUGUACUCUUACUUCUGUACCCAAGAGAGCAAGAAGAAGCAUUCAGAUGACUUGCCAUUGAAAGGGUCUCAGGUAGUGAAGGAGAAGGAGGGUGUGCUUACACCAUUGAUGGGAGUGCAAGAGAAGGAAAAUGCUGAGGCGAAGAAACUGGCUAAGGACUCUGUUGUUUAGAGAUAAAGCUUAGAAACGUUUCUUUCCUUUCUUUCUUUGAUUGGUUCUCUUUGUGUUUGUGAUGUGCCUUAAGGUGAUCAGCUAUGGUUUUUGUGGGAUGUGAAAAGUGAUUUUGAUUCUUUGAAAUAAACCCUUUCUUCCUCAAUGCAUCUCUCCAACCAAAGAGAACAGAAGGCAUUUGUUGCUUAAACAUAUUCAGCGUACUUUCAGAAGGAUGAUGUCAAAUUUGGUCAUUUUCAUUGUUCAAAAUUCUUUAAGAAAUCAUCCAUGAUUGAUUGAUCAAGACUGUCUGCAAUAGUAUAGUGGGAG